GAAUGAUGUCUCUAUUCGGUUGUUAUCAUUUUUCAAGUAUAAUAAGUACACUGAUACAAUAAGUACUUAAUGCAUAUUAUUGAUUGAAUCCUGCAAUUUGUGUUACAAAGUUAUAAAAUUAAUUAUGGACUAUGUUAAAAUAGUUAAGAACAAUGAAAAUCCUAGAAAAAGUGCGAAUUUUUUUUCUGUGAUUACUUUUUUCUACAACUUCACAAUUCUAAAUAAAGGCAGAAAAAAGGAUUUGGACGAAAAAGAUGUGUAUAAUGUUUUGCCACAAUUUUCAGCAGAAGAGCUGGGAGAUGAUUUAGAAAAACAGUGGGAAAAUGAUAAGAAAACUCAUAAAAUACCCUCACUAUGGAGGUGUAUAUGGAAAUCCUUUGGAUGGACUUAUAUUGUAUAUGGAAUUUUGCAGUUGAUUUUUGGUGUCUUUAUAAUUUUCGUACAACCCAUGGUUUUCGGAAAAUUUGUGGCGUACUUUCAACCAGAACAGAAAUCUAUUACUUCUAGAGAUGCCCUUUUGUAUGCCUCAGGCAUAAUAGGUCUUAAAUUAUUACAGAUCUUGUUUGAAAAUAAUUUAGCGCAACUAGUGACCGAGUAUUCUAUGAAAAUACGGACAGCAGUAAGCUCACUGAUUUUCAGGAAAGCGUUGAAAAUCAGUCCGUUGGAACUCUCAAACAUCAGCAUAGGAAAAAUAGUCACAUUACUAGCUAAAGAUGUCUAUUCAAUAGAUGGAGGAGUUACAUUUCUGAAAGAUACAGUUAUCGGGGUACUCUAUAUACUCGUCGUAACAUACACGUUGUACCAAAAAGUAGGAGUAUCGUCUUUUCCAGCUACUGGAGUGAUCCUAGUAUUAAUCCCUUUACAAUUAUAUCUUGGCAAGAAAACGACUCUAAGUAGAAUAGAAACCGCCAAAAGAACGGAUGAAAGGUUUAGACUAAUCCAGGAAACUCUAAAUGCAGUUAAAACUAUAAAAAUGUAUGUCUGGGAAAACUAUUUUGAAAAACUAAUUGGCAUAGCUAGAUUGAAAGAGACUGACAAACUCAAAGUGGUAUAUUAUUUAAAAUCUAUCAUUGUUAUUCUGGGAGCCUCAACUCUUAACUUGUCCUUUUAUGUCCUUUUAAUAUCCUAUAUUGCCAGGGGAUACCCUCUAAAAGCUGAAGUGAUAUAUUUUGUGCAACAAUCCCUGUUUACCCUAAGGGCCUAUAUAGCUAUGUCAAUCCCAUUGGGUAUCGGACAAACUGCAGAUAUGAUUGGCUCUAUGAGAAGGAUUCAACAAUUUUUAGAAUCCAAAGAAUACCACCGUGAAAACAUCACAAUGCCAUCUCCAAACGAACAUCCAGUAGUUUACCUAAACCAAGUCAGCGUAACGUUUAAGAAAAAACAAAUUUUGAAAUCCGUAUCAUUAAACAUCAAAGAAGGCCUUAUUCUGAUCACUGGAAACAACGGUAGUGGUAAAAGCAGUCUUUUAAAAACAAUCCUUGGAGAAUAUCCUGUGAGUAAUGGAGAAAAAAAGGUUACUGGAUCAAUCUCUUACGCUCCCGAAGAGCCAUGGCUUUUUCCUUCAACCAUCAAACAAAAUAUUCUUUUUGGACAAGCUUUUGAUAAAAAAAGAUACGAGGAAGUUUUGAGCGUUUGUGCUUUAACCUAUGAUAUCAAUCAGUUUGAAAAAGGCGAUUACACUAUUGUGGGAGACAAAGGAAUAAAUCUCAGUAAAGGACAGCAAGCCAGAGUAACACUAGCCAGAGCAAUUUAUAGAAACAGUGACGUAUAUUUACUAGACGACUGUCUUAGUUCAUUGGAUAACCACGUGAACAAACAUAUAUUUGAAAAAUGUAUUAAAGGAUACUUAAAAGACAAAAUUUGUAUCUUGAUCUCGAAUAACCUGAGCAAUAUCAACUCGGUACCUACAGGAAACAUUCUUUUAAUUGAAAACGGUUCUACUUUGACUCUGGAACAACAAGCUGGAGCUCUAGAUAAAAGAAUUACGUACUAUAUUGAUGAAGAAACCGAAAGAUUCAAGAGAGAAUCAUACUUGCUGGACGAUUUUGAAGAAAGUGAUGAUGAAGUUGAUGAGACUGAUACUCUUUUGCAAAAUAAAAAAGUUGCAGAUAGAGAAAUCAAUUUGUACCAUGAAACUAAAAAGGAAGGAGGGGUGUUAUGGAGUAAUUAUGUCAGAUAUUUUAAGUUUAUUGGAGGAUAUUUUAGGAUAGGGCUCUUGUUUGUGAUUUUUAUUUCGUCACAGGCCUGUCUGUCUUACUCAGAAAAGAUUAUAAGUCUGUGGGUAAAUUUAGAACCAAAAGUCACAAAAAUGCUGGAAAACAAUCAAACAAAUUCUACAGAGUACCUAGGAAUCGUUGGCCAGCGUAAUACUUAUCUGAACAUUUAUUCUAUGAUGAUCAUUGGGAUAUUUGUGUUUUUCAUGUUGAGAGCUUUUACCACGUUUACGUUUUGUAUGAAUGGCGCUAAGAAGAUGCAUAGAGCCGUUGUAAAAGCCAUGCUCAACACUAACAUGUAUUUUUUCGAUACUCAUUUCAUUGGGAACAUUAUAAACAGACUAUCCAAAGAUUUUCACUCAAUUGAUGAAUAUAUGCCGUUUCUAGUUCUGGAAUAUAUCAGAUCAAUCUUUAGUGUAUUGGGUGUUCUGAUUUUGGUAGGCACUGUGAAUAUCUCAUUUUUUAUACCAGCUGGUUUACUGUUGGUAAAACUGUAUUUCGUUCAGAAGUUCUAUCUACCAACUAGCAGAAGCUUAAGAAGACUUGAAUCUUCAACAAGAAGUCCAAUAAUUGGUUAUCUCAAUUCAACAUUGGAGGGAGUAGCUAUUGCCAGGGCGUCCCAAAAAGAAGGUUUACUCAAAAUCGAAUUUGAUGGUCACCAAGAUCUGUACACUUCUGUAUUUUAUAUGAACCAAACAACAGGCAAAUUUUUUGGGCUGAUAUUAGACUUUUUUGGAAUCUUUUUUGUGGUUGGGAUUAUGGCUAAAAUUACUUUCUUUGGAGAACAUUUAGGUGCUGGAGAUGUUGGUUUGGCUAUAUCUCAAGCUAUGAUGCUCUCCGGGGUUUUACAAUACAUCAUUAGGCAGCUCACAGAAAUCGAGAGUGUCAUGACAGCAAUCGAGAGAGUCCUGGAAUAUGCUGAUGUAGAAUUGGAACCAAAAACUGGAAGGGUACUUGAAAUCGCAAAUUGGCCCAUCGAAGGAAACAUUGUUUACAAGAACCUAACGUUAAAAUAUAAGAACGAUGAUAACAUAGUUUUAAAGGAUUUAAGUUUUGACAUUCUUGGUAAAACUAAAAUUGGAAUUGUUGGAAGAACAGGAGCUGGCAAAUCAUCUAUAAUAUCCACAUUGUUUCGGUUGUACGAUUAUGAAGGAAACAUCUUUAUAGAUAACGAAAACAUCAAAACUUUAUCUCUAGAAUAUCUCAGGUCUAUCAUCAGCAUUAUUCCUCAAGAUCCUGUUCUGUUCUCUGGCUCAAUUCGAUCAAACAUUGACCCACUAAGCAAAUACACAGAUACAGCUAUUUGGGCUGUUUUAGCCAAAGUCCAUGCCAAACACUUAGUAAAAGACUUGAACCAGAAUGUCACAGACUGUAACUAUAGUUCAGGUCAAAAACAAUUGUUUUGUCUUGCUAGAGCUUUAAUUAGAGGUAACAAAAUUGUGGUUAUGGACGAGGCAACCGCAAACCUGGAUCCGGAAACAGACAAGUUGUUGCAAGAGUCGGUAAGACAGUGUUUCGAAGAGUGUACAGUAAUAAUAAUUGCUCACCGGUUGAAUUCUGUGAUGAAGUGUGAUAAGGUAUUGGUUCUGGAUGCUGGACAGAUCGUUGAGUUUGAUGAGCCUGAAGUACUUUUGAAAAAUCGUAACGGAUUUUUGUAUAAAAUGGUUAGGGACGAAGGACCUCUGUGAAUCAAAAACUAUUUUAAAUUUUAAGACGAUCAAUAAUUAUAUUUUGUUAUAAAAGAGUUUAAAAUAAAUAAAUAUAUACUUUUU